AUGGACACUCGCACCGCCUCGCCCCCAGACGCACACACCGUCUCCACCGUUAUCGGCGACCCCCAAUUCGACCACGACUCCGUGCCAGACAAGAUCAGCGCGUACUACAGCCUCGUAUUCCCUAACUUCACAUACUACCUCCAGACUCUCAAUGUCACCAUCGGCCGCCGCUGCAUCCCCACCUCCACCGCAUCGUCCUCUGAACAGGUCCAGGUCGAUGUAGACCUCGGCCCCUUGAAGAGCGUGUCACGGCUCCACGCAAAGAUAGAGUACGAGGAGGAGGAGGAGCGCUUCAUGCUUCUCGUUCUUGGCCGGAACGGCGCCUGGGUCGACGGCAUGUGGUCUGGCAAGGGGAGCAAGGUCCCUCUGAGCGAGCGGUCCCAGAUUCAGAUAGCCUCACGGACCUUCCAUUUCGUCCUGCCGCCCCCGCCCGCACCAGAGGACUCCCCUUCGCCCAGCUCGCAAUCCUCCGUUAACAGACCGCGUUCACCGUCUGUCGAUAUUACGUCCAUCUCCCCGCCUUCCUCGCUUCAAUCCAACUCUCCUCCUGCUCCCAUAUCUCCCACGCACAAAGCCCCUCCGCUCCCUGAUCCUCCACAGCUACCCAACACAAAUGUCAUUGGAAAAGUGAAGCAGCCGAAGAAACGCAAGGCUUCGGACGUGGAUGCACAACCACGACCCAAGCCAGAAGUCAUGCCACCAAAGCCACAGUUCACGUACGCGCAACUAUGCUAUCGUGCAAUCAAAGCCCUCGAUGGUAAGGCGACGCUGCAGGACAUUAUCUCGUGGAUGAUGGAGAAUUACGACUGGUACAGAUACAAUGAGAAGACAGGAUGGGAGAAAUCAGUGCGACAUAACCUCUCAUCAAAUCGUGCGUUCCGGAAGAUGGAGCGGUCGGCGGGCGAGCGAGGCAAGGGUUUCUAUUGGACAGUGGCGGAGGAUUGUGAGCAGAUGUUUGAGGAGCAGGAAACCAAGUUGUCUGCUGCUGCUUCAGGAUCUGCAGUCAAUCAUCCGAAGCAGAGUGGCAAGAAACCGAAAGGUGGUGCGUCGCUGUCAGAGCCGCCGUUGAAACGCAGUGUCCGUGGGGAGGCAAAAGGCGCUCCCUUGCCUCCACCACUAACCUCGACCCCACUCGCGUUCAAGAGUGUGACCCCUGCCAGCGCACCUUCAGCGUCGACGCCGGCCGCAUCCGCACCCGUAAUCAAGUCAGAACCGUCCCCUGCGCCGCCCAUCCCCCCACCGCCACAACCACAUACCGGCCCCGAUGCUCCCGGAAAUUCUACUCACGCGGCGUCGCCUCCACCACCACCACUGGCGGCAGCGGCAGCCUCUCCCAACAUAUCAUCCUCCAUUCCCCCCUCCGGCAUCCCGCCAAUCCCGGCAUCGGUCAUCAUACCUAUCAUAGUGGGCCCUGUUCCAGCAUCGCACCCUGCGGCCUCAGCGCCGGUGCCAUCCACUUCCAAUGGAUCCGGGAUAUCCCACCUCGCAACCCCGCCCAUCGUCUUGCACGAGAACCAGCUUAUAUUGAACCCGGCGAUAUUCUCGCAUCUAACGCCGGAACAGCUUCGGGAAAUCGAGGCGCUAGGCGCUCAGAAGGCGCUCGAGGUGCUUCACGGGCAUAUAGUCAGGUUCUUGAAGGAGCGGAUCAAGACCGAGGCCGCCCGGGGCAGGGGCCGAGGUAGGGGCAAGCGCGCACUAGGAGGGGUCGGGAGAGGCGGAAAGGACGGCGGCGCUGGAGCACAAGGCCGGGAGGAGAAGAAGGAGAAGGUGCCAACCUCUGGUUUAUUCACGACGGAGCCGCUGCGCAUGCGCAAGGCGCAGCAGCCAGCUGCCUCGGUGCAGACAGCGCCGCCGAUGUCGAGCCUCUCUCAGCCCACGGACAUCCGACCGCCUUCGCCGAUUUUGGUCGUCGACGACGACCCGCCGGAAGGUCCUGUGCCGAAGCGGCGCCGGCUAGACACACUUGCUGCAUCAGGGAUAGGCAGCGCCUCUGCUGUCGCCUGACAUCCGUCACCGCCGCCUUGUCUGUCGUCUUGGGGUUUUUCUUUUGUGGAAUUUUUUUAUCGGCUUUCGCGCUCUCACAUCUACUCUAUGCUUCAGUCAUUAUUUUUCCCGUAGUAGUAGUAGUAGUAGUCUCACUCGCCCACGGGCAUGCAUCGGGCGGGUCGUCCAUACAUACAUACGUACAUACAUACGCCGCGUGUGGGUUUUGAGAUGUCGUCUGAUUGAUGACUUUUUACGAGCUGAUUAGUGAACAUCCUC